AUGCUCACCCAUGCCUUGGUUGAUUACACCCUUAGUGAAAGUAACAUGCCCAUCCAUGCCUUGGUUGAUCACACCCUUAGUGAAAGUAAUGUGCCCACCCAUGCAUUGGUUGACUACAUCCUUAGUGAAAGUAAAGUGCCCACCUAUGCCUUGGUGGAUUACACCCUUAGUGAAAGUAACAUGCCCACCCAUGCAUUGGUUGACUACACCCUUAGUGAAAGUAACAUGCUCACCCAUGCCUUGGUUGAUUACACCCUUAGUGAAAGUAAUAUGCUCACCCAUGCCUUGGUUGACUACAUCCUUAGUGAAAGUAACAUGCCCACCCAUGCCUUGGUUGAUUACACCCUUAGUGAAAGUAACAUGCUCACCCAUGCUUUGGUUGAUUACGCCCUUAGUGAAAGUAACAUGCCCAUCCAUGCCUUGGUUGAUCACACCCUUAGUGAAAGUAAAGUGCUCCCCCAUGCCUUGGUUGAUUACAUCCGUAGUGAAAGUAACAUGCCCACCCAUGCCUUGGUUGAUUACACCCUUAGUGAAAGUAAUGUGCACACUAAUGCAUUGGUUGAUUACAUCCUUAGUGAAAGUAACAUGCCCACCCAUGCCUUGGUUGAUUACACCCUUAGUGAAAAUAACAUGCUCACCCAUGCCUUGGUUGAUUACACCCUUAGUGAAAGUAACAUGCUCACCCAUGCCUUGGUUGAUCACACCCUUAGUGAAAGUAAAGUGCUCACCCAUGCCUUGGUUGAUUACACCCUUAGUGAAUGUAACAUACCCACACAUGCCUUGGUUGAUUACACCCAUAGUGAAAGUAACAUGCCCAUCCAUGCCUUGGUUUGA